CAGUGCAGGUCUCCUGCUGCUCCCUCUGACAUCCUGAAACACCACCUGCAAUUUAAAACUGCAAAAGGAAUUCUGACUCCAACGUGUUAGCAUGAAGCUCCACUGCCUGACCCUGGGAGCUCUCCUUGUCCUGCUGCUGUCCGGCUGCGGCGCCGCCACCAAGGCCUCGGCCAUCGACCUGCGGACGUUCGUGGGCUGUGCCGUGCGGGAAUUCACCUUCCUGGCCAGGAAACCCGGCUGCCGUGGGCUCAGGGUGACCACAGACGCCUGCUGGGGACGCUGCGAGACCUGGGAGAAGCCGAUCCUGGAGCCGCCCUACAUCGAGUCCCACCACCGGAUCUGCACCUACAACGAGACCAGGAUGGUGACGGUGAAGCUGCCCAGGUGUGCUCCCGACGUGGACCCCUUCUACACGUACCCGGUGGCCAUCCGCUGCGACUGUGACAUCUGCUCCACUGCCACCACCGAGUGCGAGACUUACUGACCUCCGGCCCCAGCCCAGCCGAGGAGGGGCCGAGUUCUCCCCCGGCUUCAUACCCUCGGUACCUCCAGCGUUCUGGAGGGUGUAAAUCAGCCCAGAAUUUGAUCUCGCCCUGUAAUUCUCCUAAUCACUGACUUUUCUGGGCAGAUGAGGUUUAAUCCCCCCUCCUCAUGCUGCUCAAAGCAUGAUUGCUGUAGAAACCCAGCGCACAGCCUCACAAUAGCAAACCCCGUGGUAAAAAGAAAUUAUUUGGUUUCCCUUCCUCCUCAUGAGCUUUUCACUCCGUGUGACCUUUUUCCCUGCAGAGAGUGCCCAUGGACUGAACAGCCACAAAGGCAUUGCCUCCUCCAUAACAGCCUGACUCAUCUGGGGUUUAGCUUCUUCCCAGUAAUGUAAGUGCAGUUACCAACACUUCCACCACCUCCCCCUCUCCCCUCCAUCAGUUAAUCUUACCCUGCAGUCAUUCAGGAAUAACAGUUAAAGAAGAAGGUCUCAAGGCCAACGAAAUGGAAAUAAGUAUUCAGAUCACUACCUUGAAAUUAGGGGGGAUGCAUACUCAGCCCUGACUCAGCCAAGGACUUAAGCUCCUGAUUAAGUGUUUUGCUUAAUAUCAGUGCACUUUUACAGUUAAGCACGUAUUUCAGUGCUUUGCUUAAUUGGAGCUAUUUUGUUGAAAAAAAAAAUCUUGUCUCACAAGGGACAAUUCCUGAAAAAAAAGAAUAGGAGAGAAGCACAUUAAAUGUGCAGAACCUUCUGCUUUUGUCCAGGGAUUGGAGGGGAAAUGGCUUCACGUGGAACCAGUGAGACUCUGCAGAGCCCAAGGCAUCUCUCCUGACAAUUUCCACUGUCAGAGUGACCAAGCCAAAAUGCAACGAUCACAGUUUGGUUUCAGCGGGCCCCUGGCUGAGGUGGUGGGAAAGAGGGGGCUUGUAAGGGUGUUCCCUGAGCUGCUAAGCUCCAUGGAGACCUGCUGCUCUGAGGGUGCACACAGAGCUGGGGGACAGCCAGAUGUGCUUGCAGGAAAGCUGUGGAGCGUCCAGUAGUGGUGGGUGAGACAAGUCCAGCACAAGAAAGAGAGCAGAUAUUCCAAAGGACAGUUCACACCUCCUCAGACCUGCUCUUUACAAACCAGGGGGACACCUGGGGGCUGCCACAAGAGCCCCCUGUGACCACAGCCACACAAGUGCCUUCGUUCACUGGUUCCCACCUGCAGGAGGACACAUUCACAUUCAUCCCUCAUUUCUCCCCUGAGCAAAAUGGGAGGUUAGGUGAAAGCAGGAAGAUUUGCCAAGUGGGAGAGGCCCAUAGGAGCUCACAAAACAAAGACACCUUCUCAGAUAGCCAUUAGGAGAGAAUUGCUGCAGAGAGUAAUACCUGCACCUGGCUUCCCUCACUCAGUGCCUUGUCUCCUGGAUGCAGUCACCUUCAUUUACAGGCAUGCAUGCUUGAAACUUCCCCAGGUGUCCUGACCACAUUGAGACAUUUAGUUUAACCUGUAAUUUAUUAGUUAAUAUAAUUUUUUUUAUCUGUAAAAGCUGCACUGUGACUGAGUAGGAAGAAGGUGAUUUUAUCACCUGCCUUCUGUAAUUCUGAAUAGAGACUUCUGUGCCCAACAGCACCAGGAGCAGUUUUUUGCUGAUGGAGAGUUUAACUACCCUUUAAAAAGUCCUCAUGUUUUGUUAGAAAUUGCACCUCACGAUCCCUCUGAUAUUGUCAGCUGGCAUUACAGUUAUUAUGGGGAACCUGCAAAUUGUUCUGUGUC